AAUUUUUUUUCUUCUCGUUGCUUCAAAAUCAACAGAUCUCACACUGCAACUCUUUCUUCUUCGCCAAUCGGUUAGGUCAUAUUCUGCAACCAUGAAGCUUGAUACAAGUGGUCUUGAAUCGUUCCCUUCACUGAUUUUACAUGGAAACGAUGUCGCCGGAGAAAUCUCCGCACCUCCAUCAUUCGACCUUCCCAAUUCCAACGAUUUCGAUGGGUUCCUUAAAGAAGCUAUUCAGAUGGUGAAACCCGCUAAGGGUACUACGACUCUUGCUUUUAUAUUUAAGGAGGGUGUUAUGGUAGCUGCAGAUUCUCGUGCUAGCAUGGGAGGAUAUAUAUGUGAGUGUUUAUCAACUCUUUUGUUUGGUACUGGUAGGGUUUUAUGUUACUUGCUUCUUAUUAAACAGUUUUUUUUUUUUUUUAUAGCAUCACAGUCUGUGAAGAAAAUUAUUGAAAUCAAUCCUUACAUGCUUGGGACAAUGGCUGGAGGUGCUGCUGAUUGCCAGUUUUGGCAUAGGAAUCUCGGCAUCAAGUGUCGCUUGCAUGAGUUGGCAAAUAAAAGAAGAAUUUCAGUAACAGGAGCCUCCAAGUUACUUGCAAAUAUUUUAUACUCUUACCGUGGAAUGGGGUUAUCUGUUGGUACCAUGAUUGCUGGAUGGGAUGAGACGGGUCCUGGUCUAUAUUAUGUUGAUAGUGAAGGAGGAAGACUUAAAGGCACCAGAUUCUCUGUAGGAUCUGGUUCACCAUAUGCUUAUGGUGUAUUGGACAGCGGGUACAAAUAUGACAUGUCAAUUGAGGAAGCUUCUGAAUUGGCUCGACGAGCAAUUUAUCAUGCCACAUUUCGUGAUGGUGCUAGUGGUGGAGUUGCUAGCGUUUACUACGUGGGACCAACUGGAUGGAAGAAAUUGUCCGGUGAUGAUGUUGGUGAACUUCACUACCAUUACAAUCCAGUUACCCCAAGCACCACCGUGGAGCAAGAAAUGGUUGACGCUGCUGCAGCUUGAUUCAAUAACUCAUAGAUAUCGUUGACUUUUCUGUACUUCUCUGCUUAUUUUGAAUCAAUUGCAUGGACCUGAUUUAUAUUCCAAACUGUCAUCAGUUUUAUGUAUACAAAAGUGCUGAUCUAUGCUCUGAUGUUGUGUAACGUGGAAUAGUUUAAAUGGGAAAAGCACGUCAAACGGAUAUUGCAUGCA